AUGCCGACAACCAGCCCUUUUGUUCGGCGAGGCCUCGCCUCCUUGGCCCUUGCUGUCACGGUACAAGCGCAGCUCUGGGACCAGACAAUCGAUACUAUCUAUGGUCCUGUGAAAGGCUUCAAGUACUUUGAUCAAGCUACCCUCGAGACGUACUUCAAUGUUUCCGAGUCUAACGUCACCGCCUAUCUGGGAAUUCCCUAUGCAGCGGAUACUAGCUACGACAACCGCUGGCGACCUCCUCAACCGCGUGAACCAUGGAAUGAGACCUUCGACGCGGUUGCAUUUGGUUAUACCUGCCCGACGGCUAUGUCUACCAACUCUAGUGAAGACUGCCUUAAUCUCAAUAUCUGGACCAAUGCUGCUUCAUCCGAUGCGAAGCUGCCCGUUAUGGUCUGGAAUCAGGGAUCAGAUCUCUCCAGUAAUAUUCCCUACUGGUACGGCGGUGGAAUGGCGUUGAAGGAUGUGAUCCUCGUCUCGUUUAAUCGUCGUGAUGAUGUCUUUGGAUAUCUAGCCCAUCCUGAGCUGAACCAAGAGGGCUUCAACACCACCGGUCACUAUACAUCUGGAAACUACGGUGUUCUUGACUUUCUCGAGGUCCUCAAAUGGGUGCAGUCCAAUAUCGCUAAUUUCGGCGGGAAUCCUGAUCGCGUUGUGAUUGCUGGGCAAUCCUUUGGUUCAUCGCAGGUCUACCACGCGGUCAACAGCCCCCUUUUCUCAGGCCUGUUCCAUGGUGCUAUUUCGCAAUCUGGAAUUCGUUAUCCUUAUGAUCCCAUGCUUGCCGGGCUCGCUACGUCGUACAACAAUAUGUCUGCCGCUCUUAACCAUGGCCUGAACUAUACCGCUGUUCACAACGUCUCUACUAUUGCUGAAUUGCGGACUCUUUCUACUGCCGAGUUGAUGAUUGGCUCUACUGAUAAGGUCAACAACACAUGGAUCAACUGGGUUGAAGCCCUUUCAUGUGGGUAUCCUGAUAUCUUCAAGCCAGUUCUUGAUGGAUAUGUUUUGCCCUCCACCUAUCUCCAGACCUUGCGUGAUGGCCCUGCCAACGACGUGCCUCUCAUCACUGGCAAUACCAAAGACGAAUCCGGGGCAUCCACAACAACGAACUACACGGUGGAGCAAUACCACGAGUACAACACCCUCCGGUAUGGCGAGAAUCUGGCCAAGCGCUUCUUCGAGCUCUAUCCCGACCACAACAACCAGACGAUCGCGGCGGAGGGGUGGAACAAUGCAGCCCGUGACCAGGGCAAAGUAGGGUCGUGGGCCUAUGCCACCCAAUGGUAUGAGUCGGCGGAUUCGGACUUCUACACCUACUUCUGGACUCACGCGCCCCCGGGCCAGAGCGAAGGCGCCUUCCACAUGUCGGAAAUCAUGUACGCCCUGAACGCUAUGUAUGCCUGUGCCGAAUACUACCCUUUCACCGAUGAAGACUACAUCAUCGCCGAUCAGAUGUCAUCAUAUUGGGCCAAUUUCGCCAAGACCCUGGAUCCUAACCGGGGUAACUCUUACACUGGGUCGGGCGUGUUGGCUCGCUGGGAACCCAACACCAACGAGGGCAAGCCGGUGGUGAUGGAACUUGGUGACAAUUUCCAGCCCCAAUUGAUCACCAGCCCGGAGAAGACGAACUUCAUUCUAAAGUAUUUCUCCCAGCAGACUCCGUACUAG